AUGAUAAUUACCCUGAAUUUUCGAUUUCAAACUAGUGUUCCUAACAAUGAAUAUGGUGGUUCUGAGGUAGCAAAGAACUAUGAAGGAAAGAAAUCUACAAAAUGGCUCUUUGAAGCAGAUUUAAAAUUGCCAAAGGUUCUCAAAGACAUGCUUUUGCUAUUAAACAGUCAUAUUUCUGAUAUGAAAGAAAGAAGGAAACUCAUAACUGUUGGCUACAUCCAUGGGGGUCUUCAACUUAUGUUUAUGACUUUAGAUAAUCCUGCUGGGUAUGUUUUCUGUCUUGUAAAAAGUUCAUUAUACAGUAUUCCUGUUUCUUUCCAAAAUUUUACAGAAGCACUGGAGUUGAUUGCUUCUGUAUGGACAAUGAAG